GGACAAGAACCUCGACCCACAAGGGUUCCACCACAAACUCAAGCACUUCUUCAUAUUCUCUGUGUCGGGUAAGCUCAUCUACUCGCUUCACGGCAGCGAUGACUUGGUUAUCGGCUACGCAGGCCUAAUCACCACCAUUCUCUCGCUGUUUGAGCUGGUGGUAUCGGAGGAGGUGCAAUGCAUCGACGUGAACGACCAAAAAAUCAUGUUUCUCAACCGGAGUCCGGUGGUGUUGGUGUCGGUGACCAAAAUCAAGUACGAGAUGAUCUUGAACCAGAAUACUAACCAGAAUUCUCUUCUCGUCAACCAAUUGCACCUGUUAUACGAGUACUUGGUGUCGAUAUUGACCAAGCCGGUGAUCAUGAGGUUGUUCCACAACCGGAUGAACUACGACUUGCGUAAGAGCUUGACUCAGUUGGAUUUCCAUAACUUAGACCGGUUGGCCAUGAAAUUGACGUACGGACUAGAUGAGGACGACGACUUGAAGCACGGGCUCGACUACUACUUGAGUGCCUUGAUGGACAACAGCUCCAAGACAGCCUGCAUUACCAACACGACGCGACAGAAGCUCAACUCCAUUCUUCUUCUGCUGAGAACAAACGAUCUUCCUGACUAUUUGUUUGGACUUUUGACCGUGGGGGACCAGGUGGUGAGUGUGAUGAAGCCCAAGACCCAUGAGUUGGGCAACAAGGACGUGAGAAACCUCAUGAUGAUCAUCUCCAAUAACCAGCAUCUGAAUAUGCUGGAAGACCUCUGGAUUCCUAUUUGCAUGCCCAACUUCAACAGCAACGGGUUCUUGUACUGCUUGGUGAAGACGUUCGACUUGAGCAAGUACUUGCUUGUGGACGGGAAGUUCCACAGACCGUUGCCAGUGAAUGUGGUGCUUCUAAGCACCGAUAAGAACAACUUCUUCAAGAUGCAAGAGGUCGCAGAAGGGAUUAUUGACCAGGUGGUCGAAUCGGAUUCCUACCGCAACAGCUUGCACGAUGAGUUGGUGGCACGCGAGCAGCUUGUAACCAAGCCGUCGAUGGUUCAUUAUGUGUACAAAGACAAGUCGAAGGACCAGUUUGUGUCGAGUCCGUUGGACCUCACUGACAAGUUCAUGCUCUUCAAGUAUGUUUACUACUAUACCAACUUGGUCAAUAGUAAGACCACAACCAUCAAGUCACUAACGAGUGAUGGAGUGGAUAAGAAGCUCACAUACUUGAAGUUUGACAAUUAUGUGGGAUUCAUGCUCUCUGACCAGACAUACGAAUUUUAUUGCAUUUCCACUGAAGGGAAGUUGACGACGUUGAUCAAUGAUGUGUUGGGGGUGGUGAAAUGGUGCAAGCAGCGCCACAAGAGGUUGUUUAAUAAUAACGUCCGGUACUCGUUGUAACAGGUGUUGAUUGACUUCUUUCCGUCCUUAACUCUACUUUAUAGCAUUAUCUAUAUACAUAUACUUGACAACCCUCUAUUUGAGAAUCACCUUUUCCGUACUCUUAAACGCAUCCGUCAACUUAUCCAAGUACUGUUUGUGCAAGCUCUCAAACUCCUUCACAAUCUUCAUGUCGGUAUCAGACUUCUUGUUGAGCUUCUUGAGCUUAUGCUUGUAGUCGGUUCGAACCGCAUUCAAUGAGCUGGAGUUGUUGUUCUUGAAUUUUUCAAACACCGCUUUCAAUACUUUGGCAUUUUCUUGUUUGGUCUCGGUGGUGAUAGGAGGUAAGGGUACCUUCAACACUCCCGUAUCCUUGUCAAAGGUCGGGUUCAUGUUUAGACCCGACCCCAAUAUGCUAUUGAUGAUGUUCUGAACAUGGUCAGGAUUGAACACGGUAAUGACGAUGUUUCUUCCUUUGAUCGAUGCCUGAGCAACGGUGUUGAAUUUGGAAGUUUGGUGGUCUUCAACCGAAACAUCCAAAUUGUCAAAUAGACUCGGGUUGGUUUUGCCAAGCUUGACCUCGUUAGCCUUUUUGUUGAACUUGUCGAUGAUCUGGUCAAAUUUGGACCUGGCUUCGUCCAAAUCGAUCAAUUCUUCAGCGGUGGCAGAUGGUUCGUCUGAUUCAGAUUUGGUCUUUCUGGAGUCUUUUUUCGACUUCUUUACAGCCUUGGCCCAAGCCACUGGGGUCACAUGAAGCUGACGAAGGGAGGGUAUGGGUUGUUGGCGGACUACGAGCGGCCUGGUGAUGGUGUUGGCGAGGUAUUUGGGAAAGCUUCUGAACAUGAUCAAAUUUUUCACUGCGAAUUGCAGCCAACGAAAACUAAUGUAUUUGAGAAUGGCUGCGACAAGUAGGGUAGGCACAGAGAAUUAGGUGGUGGCGGGGUCUCAAGGGCAUAUAAGGAGAGAGCUUUGGUGGGUGUAUGGGUCAGAACUUCGGUGGGUAUGAGUGUGGCGGUGAGUGUUGGCUGGGGA